AUGUCAGAGAAGAGUGAGGCUCACCUACUCGAGGAUUUCGGCGGUCUAAUCAAGCUAUACAGCGACGGAUCAGUUGUGAGGGGAGAUGAUGCAUCUUUCUCCUCCCUCUUACGGCCAGAGCCCGUUAAUUACAAGCAUGUGGAAUACAAAGACGUGGUGUUGGACGAGGAUGUUGGAUUGUGGGUGCGCCUCUACCUGCCGCCUGAAACGACAAGCAAGACCCCCAUAGUCAUGUACUACCACGGUGGUGGCUUUAUCCUCUUUAGCCCGGCAACGCCCAUCCUGCACCGCGUGUGCCAGAUGUGGGUGGCCAUGCUGGGCGCCCUUAUCGUUUCAGUCAAUUACAGGUUGGCUUCCAAGCACCGCCUUCCUUGA